CGUAGACGUGAGAGAAACGUGAUCACAUCAAUAUCAUCAUCAAUGCUGUAUGGCAGAAAACACGUAUCGAAUAUUGUCAGCCGCUGUCUGCAGCAGGGAACAAUUCUGACGCUGAAGUGCCGUACGUGUUGUGGGAGUGUACCGGUUCGCAGCGUUUUCUCCAAAACAACUGUGUACAAGGUUCUGGCGCGCGAGCGCGGCAAUGGACGGUAGAAGGCAGCAAGCUUACGGUGGGCGACCGGCCGGCCCGCAGCUGUUCGAGGACACGGGGUUCCCAGGGGCACCAUACGGCGGUAUGCCACAGCCUGGUCUCUACCCCAUGAUGCCCGACCCGAUGGCCGCAAUGGCCAUGCAGUACGGUACCGCGCUGGCGGGCCAGGGCAAAGACAUGGUACACCAGAAGCUCGAGAAGUACGUCUCGGUGUCCAAGAUCAAGUACUACUUCGCCGUGGACACGGCUUACGUGGGCCGCAAACUACUGCUGCUGAUGUUCCCGUUCGGCCACUCGGACUGGGCCGUCAAGUACGACCAGGACGAACCGGUGCCCCCGCGGUACGACGUCAACGCCCCGGACCUCUAUAUUCCGAGCAUGGCGCUGGUGACGUACGUGCUGCUUUCGGGCUACCUGCUGGGCCUGCGCAAUGAGUUUACCCCUGAACGGCUAGGCCUGCAGGCAAGCUCGGCGCUCAUGUGGCUCACGCUCGAGGUUCUGGCUAUCUGGCUGGCCACGUACAUCCUCUCCAUCCGCUCCAGCCUACGUGUCCUCGACCUGGUCGCGUUCAGCAGCUACAAGUUCGUCAGCAUGAUAGCGGCUCUGCUGGCGAGUAUGCUGCUCCACAAGCCAGGAUACCUGCUCGUGCUGGCCUACGGUUGCCUCACGCUUGACUUCUUCCUGCUGCGCACCCUGCGGCUCUCCCUGCUGUCUGGCAGCUCGUCCGAGGGCUCGCGCCGGGGCCUUUAUCUGUUGCUGGCCGUGUGUGCGCUCCAGCCGGCUCUUGCCUACUGGCUCACACAGCCCCUGGCCCAGCAGCUGCCUCAAUAA